AUGUCAAUCUUCGCCUAUCUCCCGGCGCUUCCGCCAUUUCUCUUCUCCGCUCUCGUCGUGAGUGGCCUCGCCUCGAAGAUCCUACACAUCGCCCUCCACAUUCGUUCUUUGCCGUUUCUCCACUUCGUCUUGUAUUCGCCAACUCUUAUUCUUCCUGAUCUCUUCAUCAUUACCUGCGGGCGGGUAUUGUUGCAGUUUCCUGCGCCGGAAUCUCGUUGGCAAUGGUUGUCAACAUGCGUCGGAGGCUUCUUUUCUCUUGUUACCUGGGGCGCCGCUGCCAUUCAAUUCGGAUUCUUCCUUCAAACCGGUGCCGAAGUCGACUGGACCGCCAGCAACAGCUUCCUUAGCGAUCCCGCCGCUAUGAAAAUCCUCCUCACCGGAAUCUGGACCGUUUCCGCCGCCGGGAUUGUUCUCGGUCUCUUGGCUUGGUUGCUUCAUUCCAAGCUUUAUAACUGGACUGGGCACGGACUGGAGGCGAUCCGAGACAUGAUGCUGGGUGUAUAUAGCGCCUGCAGAGGUGGCUAUCACGCACGUUACACCUUGAUCGCUGCCCCCAACAAAUCCUGGAUCAACUCGCUCGAUAUUAGAUCGGCACGCCGUACAGCUCUUCUCGUCUCCGCCGGUUUGUCAUUAUUGUUUAUCGAGAUUGUUCGCCCUGCGGUACCAUACGAUCAUCUAUCUACCGCCCUACCUUUGUCACUGCUUGAUGCUUUCACUAAAAAGACUAUCACGGUGGAGGGAUGCAGGAAUCCCGCGAAAGCAUUCCCCAUCUGGACGAAUGUGAAUCCAGUUCCUUUGAAAGAAGGCUGGUCUCGCCCCUCAUGGCUUCCUCAAGACACGCCCGAUGGAUUCUCUCGCUGGGAUGUGGAUCCAUAUAAGCGCGCGUCGGAGGACAACCCAUCCUGGUAUCUAUGCAGCGGUGGCGACGACGGUGGAUUCUUCAACCCCAAAUCGGACCCUUUAAAGAUCUCCAACCUUGGCGAUGGGAUCUACGAACCCUUGAAGAAGGCUUUCGAGGAACACUCGGUGGCUAUCGACAACGUAAUUCUGCUAACACUGGAAAGUGGUCGCAAGGAGAUGUUCCCGAUGCAGCAGGGGACCCCCUUGUUUCGACGGAUUGCUCGCUUCACACUCCGAGGAGGACCGGAAUGA